AUGAACAGCGAUAACCAAAAUGUCCUAUCAGCAGGACACAACAGUGCUUCAAAUUCUGAGGUUUCCCAAAGAUCUCCCCAAAGUUCUGCCUUACCUACUGAUCUAAGAGUCAAUACUACUGCUCUGAAUGCAGUGGCACUGAGUAAUGUAGCUAAAUAUUGGGUUCUAACCAAUUUGCUGCCAGGACCCAUUCCCCAAGUGUCUGUUUACGGCUUGCCUGGAACAAACAGGGAUAGUCAAGGAAAGAUUAGUCAGGAUUCAAUGCUAGGUCAACAUGCUGGCCUAUUGCAAACGGAUCCUCUGUUGAUUCAACAGCAGUCGCAAAUUCCCGUCAGCAUAGCGACCAGUCAAGGAAACUUGGGCGCCAUUUUGGAAAAUUCUCACAUUUCCGGUCACCAGAGUGGCAACAUGUCGUCGCAAAACCAGAACCAUAUACAGAGGGAAGUGAGGAUGGCCCAUCAACAGCAAUCGCAAAACAACCACGGGCAACAACAAAACAUGGUCCAGGUCCAAGUCCAAGACAACAUGGUGUCUGUCAUAGAUGGCACCAAGGACCAAAAAGACGUUACUUCCGCCCAAAUGCAAGCACAACAACUGCAACUCAAUGAAAACCAACUGAACCAACAAGCUUUGACCGUCCAACAACUCCAACAGUUGCAAGUACAACAAGUUUUGGACAAUGUAAAUAGCAAGUUGCUCGCUGGUGGUCAAUUCGAUCUGCAGGACGUCAGAGCGAAUUUGAUGGACGUCCGUACGGCAGAUGGCAGCAUCGUCAAAAUUCAGACCAACAUGCAGGAACAAGAAAUAGUCAAAACGUUGGGCGUCGAUAUCGUCAACAACAUGUACAAGGUCAACGUCGAUGAUUUAAAUCAGCUGUUGGCCUAUCACGAAAUAUUCGGCAAAUUGCAGAGCAACCAAGGAACCGACGUACCUUCGACCAGCCACAACGCUGCCGCCCAACAACCGACCCCCAACAAUCUCACCCUACCGAACCCCUCGAACGUAACGAUAAUAACGAAAGACGAACAGGAACCUUCCACCAGCAACAUAGCCAACGAAAACCCAGCCAUGAUCGGUACGCACUCUUGCGACUUGUGCGGCAAACUGUUCCAAUACCGCUACCAGCUGAUAGUGCACCGACGUUACCACACCGAACGCAAACCGUUCACGUGUCAGGUGUGCGGCAAAGCUUUCACGAACGCGCAAGAGUUGACGCGCCACGGCAAAUGUCACUUGGGCGGCAGCAUGUUCACUUGCGCCAUCUGUUUUCACGUGUUCGCCAACGAUUCGUCGCUGGAGCGGCAUAUGAAGCGGCAUAGUACUGACAAACCGUACGCGUGCACUUUGUGCGGAAAGACAUUCGCGCGCAAAGAGCAUUUGGACAAUCACACGAGGUGCCAUACUGGGGAGACUCCUUACAGGUGUCAGUUUUGUGCGAAGACUUUCACGAGAAAAGAGCACAUGGUGAAUCACGUGAGGAAGCAUACGGGCGAAACGCCGCACCGGUGCGAAAUUUGUAAGAAAUCCUUCACGAGGAAGGAGCACUUUAUGAACCACGUGAUGUGGCAUACGGGGGAAACUCCUCACCAGUGUACCGUAUGCGGCAAAAAGUAUACGCGCAAAGAGCAUUUGGCUAAUCAUAUGCGUAGCCACACCAACGAUACUCCGUUCAGGUGCGAGAUAUGCGGAAAAUCCUUCACCAGAAAAGAGCAUUUCACGAACCACAUCAUGUGGCAUACGGGUGAAACGCCGCAUAGGUGCGACUUUUGUUCGAAAACGUUCACCAGAAAGGAGCACCUGCUCAAUCACGUGCGACAGCAUACGGGCGAAUCGCCGCAUCGAUGCGGGUUCUGUGCCAAAUCCUUUACGAGGAAGGAGCAUCUGAUCAACCACGUCCGGCAGCAUACAGGAGAAACGCCUUUCCGAUGCGAUUUCUGUCCGAAAGCGUUCACCAGGAAAGACCACCUGGUGAAUCACGUGCGCCAACAUACCGGAGAAUCACCGCACAAGUGCACUUAUUGCACGAAAUCCUUCACGCGCAAAGAACACCUCAACAAUCACGUGCGACAACAUACGGGAGAGUCGCCGCAUCGCUGCCAUUUUUGUACGAAAACGUUCACGAGGAAGGAGCAUCUGACCAAUCACGUCAGGAUUCAUACAGGCGAAUCGCCGCACCGAUGCGAAUUCUGCCAGAAAACCUUCACCAGAAAGGAGCACCUCACCAAUCACCUGCGCCAACACACCGGCGAAACUCCCCACCUGUGCACCUUGUGCUCCAAACCGUUCACACGCAAAGAGCACCUCGUCAACCAUAUGCGUUCGCACACCGGCGAACGGCCCUUCUCCUGCGCCGAGUGCGGCAAAUCGUUUCCGCUCAAGGGCAACCUGCUGUUCCACCAGCGGUCGCACAACAAGGGCGCCGCCGCCGAACGGCCCUUUCGGUGCGAUUUGUGCGAGAAGGAUUUCAUGUGCAAGGGCCAUCUGGUGUCGCAUAGGAGGGCGCAUAUGGGCGAUCGGCCGCACGUUUGUCCCGAUUGCGGUAAAACGUUCGUCGACAAAGGCAACAUGCUUCGCCACAUGAAGAAGCACACCGCCGACCAGGUAGGUCCCAACAACAACAACCCACAGCAACAACAACAACAACAACCACCGAACAACCAAACGAACAACGCUAAUAACAUUCAAAUACCGCAAGUGCAAGUUAAUAAUUCGGUAGUAAGUUCGGUACAACAACAACAACAAAACAACGCUGGUGGUAAUAACGGUGGUAAUGGUAAUAUAGGUCAAUCUGGACAUUUACAGAUGCACCAACCGGUGGUAGUUAGUGCCGGGGGUGGGGGUAAUGCCAACGUUUUGACUUCAUAUUGA